GAAAUAGUUUUGACGUCUACACAAUAACAAAGUCAAAUAUUGGAUCAAAUUAUAAAUACGGAGUGGAAUUAUAUCUGUAACAACAAAUCAAACAAACUUCAUCGCCUACAAUAUAAAAGAAACACACGUCUUUUGUUUUGAAUUUGUAAAAUCUUUUAAUAGUUUUAAUAUUUUUAUAAUGAAGUGACUGAAUUGAUAUUACACAUAAGUGUUUUAAUAUUUCUUGUGACUUUGAAAAAAACAAUUUAUGGCAUGGUUAUGGCUGUUUUCAUAUAUAUUCAUAGUUGUAAUGAUACUCAAAAUCAACAAUGCCCUGGACCUGGCAACAUUUUCUAAAUUCGUCGAGAAUUUCCAUAAAUUAGUGGAAGAGAUGUCCAUUUACUUCGAGCCCUGUGGAUUUCCAAUAGAACUGGUGGAAAGAUGUCAGCGUGAUAGUCAAUAUGCUCAACAAGAAAUAGUACGACUUACCGAAAGUAUGAACAUUCCAUGGAUUCACUGUGCGGGUGCCGAGUCCAUCGCGUUGCUGGGAGAGGAGCUGCAACAGUUCCUGGGACUUGCGACCCAGGUUUAAGGGAAUAAUCUGAGUUACUGACAGUAAACUUCUUCAAGGAGGUUUCCAUCAAUUCAAUAUAUAAACCACACCAAUUCUCGAGACUGAUUAAGAGCACUAUUCUAUCAGACGUCGGGAAAAUGUAGAAAUAAAAUAAUAAAAAAACAUGUAUAUAAUAAAGAGUAAAAACUUAAUAAUAAAAAAAUUAAUGUAACAAUAUUAGUUUAAUUUAAAUAUGUACGCUAGAAAAUCUUAGAUCACACUUUAUUCUAACGAAUAGU